CACCAAAGAAAUAAGCAUAAAAAAUGAUGGGGUCUCUCUUCUUUCAGGCAUUGUUAGUGUUUCUCUUAUGGGGUUGUGCUUUUGGAAAGGAGUGCACAGAUAGAUUACCAGGAGGUCAAACCCGGAAUGUAGAAAUGCAAUCUGAAUACCAAUUGUGGAUUGGAACAACAAAUGAAGGUCGUGGCUGGGAAAUGAUGUACAAGCAGAUGGAAAAUCCUGAUGAGUUUAAGUUGCCAGAAGGAUAUCUCAAGGAAGUGUCAUUGCAUAAUGUCAGAUUGGGUCCGAAUUCAUUGCAUUGGAGAGCACAGCAAACAAAUUUGGAGUACUUGUUGAUGUUGAAGGUCAAUAAUUUGGUUUGGAGCUUCAGGAAAAAUGCUGGUUUGCCAACUCCAGGGACUCCAUAUGGAGGCUGGGAGAAUAAAACCAAUAAUCUCAGAGGCCAUUUUGUAGGCCAUUACUUGAGUGCUUCAGCACUAAUGUGGGCAAACACUCACAAUGAAAAAUUAAAAGGAAAAAUGUCCAGAAUUGUAUCAGCUUUAUCUAGUUGUCAGAAAAAAAUUGGCUCCGGAUAUCUUUCUGCUUUCCCUACUAAGCAAUUCCAACUUCUGGAGAAUUUGGAUAGUCAAGUCUGGGCUCCAUACUACACCAUCCACAAGAUUAUGAACGGGUUGUUGGAUCAAUAUACGUAUGCUGAUAAUGCUCUGGCCUUGAACAUGACAAUAUGGAUGGCUGAUUAUUUUGGGCGUCGUGUUCACAAUGUUAUAAGACAGUAUGGUUUGGAAGGCCACUAUCAAACGCUUAACGAAGAAAGUGGUGGCAUGAAUGAUGUACUUUACAGGCUAUAUAACAUUACGAGAGAUAAAAAGCAUUUCAUGUUGGCCCGACUCUUUGACAAAACAUGCUUUUUAGGGCCGCUGGCAUUUGAGGCUGAUAACCUAUCUGGUAUGCACGCCAAUACACACAUACCUGUUGUUAUUGGAACCCAGAGGCGGUAUGAAAUCACUGGUCAUCCUCUUUCCAAGUCCAUGGCGACUUUCUUCUUUGACAUUGUAAACUCUUCCCACACCUACGCAACUGGAGGAACAACACUGUUUGAACACUGGAGUGAUCCAAUGCGCUUGGCGACAACCCUAGCUACGGAGAACGAAGAAUCAUGCACAACUUAUAACAUGCUCAAGGUCUCUCGAUAUCUUCUCCGAUGGACAAAAUCCCUGCGAUAUGCGGACUAUUAUGAGCGUGCCCUGACAAAUGGCGUGUUUAGUAUUCAGCGAGGAACGGAUCCUGGAGUUAUGAUUUAUAUGCUUCCACUCGGCCCUGGAAGUUCCAAGGCCAAUACUUUUCAUGGUUGGGGAACAAAGUUUGAUAGUUUUUGGUGCUGUUAUGGAACAGGAAUUGAAUCGUUCUCAAAAUUAGGAGAUUCCAUAUAUUUCGAAGAGGAAGGAAAAAUUCCUGCUCUUUACAUAUUCCAAUAUGUUUCAAGCUCCAUUAAUUGGGAAUCCGGAAAGUUUGUGCUGAAUCAAACUGUUGAUCCUGUUGUCUCAUGGGAUCCUUUCCUUCGAUUGACAAUAACUUUCUCUUCAACCGAGGUACUAACUUCAUUUUCAGUAAAAUCAACCUUGAAUUUGCGGAUACCAAGUUGGACAAGUUCCAUUGGUAUUGAGGCAAAAUUAAACGACCAGAUAUUGCCUGCACCAACUCCAGGUAAUUAUUUAUCUCUCACAAGAAAAUGGAGCUCCAAUGACAAAUUAACUGUUCAGUUUCCGAUCCAUCUUUGGACAGAGGCAAUUAAAGAUGAUCGGCCUGAUUAUUCUUCUCUUCAGGCGAUACUUUAUGGUCCUUAUCUACUUGCCGGUUAUUCUAACUCAGAUUGGGAAAUAAAGAAUAAACCAUCUAAAUUUCUUUCGGAAUGGAUAACCCCAAUUCCUGCCUCAUACAAUGCUAAUUUGGUUACACUUUCUCAAGUUUCCAGAAAUUCAACUUUCGUCUUAAUGAACAACCAAUCGGUUACAAUGGAAAAGCUUCCACGACUCGGCACUGAUGCUUCUGUGUAUGCCACUUUCAGACUCAUCUUUAACAAUGAACACACCACAAAAUUUUCAUCAGUCAGAGAUGUUAUCGGCAAGUCAGUCAGUCUAGAACCGUUUGAUCUUCCAGGAAAGUUGCUGCAGAGAGGAAAACAUCGCGAACUUGUGGCGGCGAAUCCGCCUGGACAUAAAAGCUUUUCGAUUUUUCGUUUGGUGGGUGGAUUGGAUGGAAAAGCUGAAACUGUUUCAUUGGAGUUGGUAAACUGGAAGGGUUGCUUUUUGUAUAGAAGUGGGAAGUUGAAGGCAGGCGCAAUCCUGAGGAUCGGCUGCAACAAAUCGAAGCAUGGAUUUAGGGAGGCAGCCAGUUUUGUAAUGGGGAAAGGUAUGAGUGAGUAUCAUCCUAUCAGCUUUGUGGCAAAAGGAGCGACAAGGAAUUUUCUUCUAGCUCCACUUUACAACUUCAGAGACGAGUCUUAUACUGUUUAUUUCAAAAUUAACAUGAAAUCUUAAAGAAGACUAUAGGAAACAGA